AUGGAGUCCAUUUUUGCGAUCCUUCUCGGCCUUCCAGCAUUGAAGCACGGAGAGCUCUGCGGCAUUUUCGUCAGAUGUACCAGCUUUCCCCGCCGGAUCGGAGAUGCUGAAAUGUUGGUGAAAUAUCCGAUCCCGGUUUCCUUUAGAGGAGAACUCGUUUCCGACGCUGUAGCGAGUGCAUUUUUACUUUGCGUAAACGCCGACGCCGCCGCCGCCGCCGCCGCCGCCACCACCACAAUCCUCAUCAUCAACAGCAGAGGCUGCGAUGGGAAAAAUUUAGCCCCACCCGGUCAUCGCUGCGGCAUCGGCUGUGCGCCGCGGGAUGAGAAGGACGUCGGCGCGCCUUAG